UGUGUGUGAGUGAGUGCGAGCUGUGCGUGCGGGGUCCCCGCGGGCCGCGGCGCUUGGGGGGCCCGGCCCGGCGCGGCCUGCGCUCCCCUGCUGGCGCUCAAGGGGGUCCCCCUUGAGGGGGCCCCCUGCGAGGGUGCCGGGGUCCCCCCCCGGAGGGUGCGGGGUGACGGUGGCAGCGAGUGUUUCCCCGGUUGUCGGCUCCCCGGCGGGGUGAGGGGCGGGCAGGUGGGCGAUGAAUGGUUUCAGCACGGAGGAGGACAGCCGGGAUGGGCCUCCCGCAGCCCCCUUGUACGGCCAGAGCUGCUGCCUCAUCGACGACGGGGACCGCUGCGUGCGCCCCGCCGGCAACGCGUCCUUCAGCAAGAGGAUCCAGAAGAGCAUCUCGCAGAAGAAGCUGAAGCUGGACAUCGACAAGAGUGUGAGGCAUCUGUAUAUUUGUGAUUUUCACAAGAACUUCAUCCAAAGUGUCCGAAACAAAAGAAAGAGGAAGACAAGUGAUGAUGGAGGUGACUCUCCUGAGCAUGAAACGGAUGUCCCAGAGGUUGACUUGUUCCAGCUCCAGGUGAACACCCUGCGACGUUACAAGAGACAUUAUAAGUUGCAGACUAGGCCUGGACUCAACAAGGCUCAACUGGCAGAAACUGUCAGUCGUCACUUCAGGAAUAUUCCUGUGAAUGAGAAAGAGACGCUUGCAUAUUUCAUCUAUAUGGUGAAGAACAACAAGAGCAGGCUGGACCAGAAAUCGGAAGGUAGCAAGCAACUAGAAUGAAGAUGAACAAGACCUGGGAUAAGAGAGACCUUGAAGGAACAGAUGGUAUUGUGCAUUUUAGGUAUAUAAAAACUGCUGAAGUAUACUGUAAAUUUUUUUUAAAUGCAGUAAGUCUGGAUGACAGAAAAAGCUAUAGACAUUGUUAUCAGGAGUAUUGGGAAACAUGUGCUCAGCAUGUUUCUGAAGACUUCUUCCCCUCAUUUCAAAGUCACAUUGGAACAGAGAAAUGAGGAUAAUGCAGAAACCAAGUAAACCCAUAGGACUGUGGAGUUUGUCAGCUCAGUGUUCUAAACCAUUUCUGGAAAUCUGCAUCUCAGUGCAAUUCAGAUCACAGAUGGAAUUUUCCCACUGAAUUCAGACUGCAUCACAAGCCACCACUGCAGUUUGACUUGGCUGAGGACUGGAACAGCAACAGAGAUUAAAUCCAUUAUUGAGGUGCAUGGGCCAGAAGUUUGCCUGAAGCUUGCUCCCCACCUGCACAUGCUCUGUCCUGCCUUGAGUCAGUGCUUCAAGUCCCAGUCUUCUACAGCUUCUCCAGCUCACCAAAUCUGCUCCCAUGAACUCUGCUUCACUAGUCUGAAAUUGAUACAUUUUUCUUUAACCAUCCUUCCUCCCACCCCCUUUUGACAUGGAUGCCAAACAGUUCUCUGCAGUUUCUUUUUCUAAUUUCUUUUCUUUCAGAGCUCACUAAUUAAUUGUCUGUAAGCAUUUAAAAACUCCUGCAUUUCCUCUGAAUGUGGUAUUAAGGCAAAUACAGCUUAUCUGCUGAGUCUGGUCCUGUUGGUAGAAAUGCUCAUUUAAUUCACUUAUGUGUAUUUCCUUUGUAUUCAAGGCUCAGUGAUGGUAGGUGAAACAGGAACAUCUGUCCCCUAAUCUCUGUGUCAGAUCAGGUAUCAGUCAUGAAUUUUAUACUGAAGAUGCUCUUCAGCAGGUGUCACAGAACUGCUGUCAAUCAGUGGGCUCAGCAGUCUCUUUGGUAAAAGCAAACUUAGGCUGAUGGGUGUAGUAUGAUAACUGGGAGAGUGACCUGAGUGGAGCAUGAUGCGUUUCAUCUGUCUUUGCAAUGGGCAGCAAGUAUCAAAGCAUUUGCCUUUUAUGUGCAUCACAUGUGCUUUCGUAAGAGCUGUGUGAGUGAAGGAUGCUGGUGCUCUGUAACUGGGCACUGUAGGAGGAGAUUGCUCUGAUUUUGUUAUUUAAAGCCAAGGUGUCCUUACAAAUAAUGCAGUGGUUAUUUUGGCAAAAGGAGCUUCUGAAAGUGUUGGUUGUGACUGACUGUUCUCCAGUGACCUCAAAUCUCUUCAAGGGGAUGUCAUAAUUUAAAGCACCACUCUUUUUUUGCUGUUUUGAUGUCUCCAUUCUGUUACAAGAUGCCAAGACUACACAUAGUAUAUUCUCAACAAGCCUUAAGCAACAAACUGAACAGUAGAGAACUUUGGCUAACGUUUUCUCAAUGGCAGGUUUUACUAUUCUGAAACUGGAUGAAGCUUUGUUGACGAGCUAAAUAUACAUCAUGAUCCCAGCUCAGUGCUGCUUCAGAAGGUAUGAAGGGUUCACAUGGUGAAGCUCUUAUUGAAGCUUUCCCAGGGUCUCUUUAAAAUUCAAGUCAUAAUUUAAAGAAAGCCGUACAUCAGCUCUGAAGCAUUUGCUAAUACUCCAAAAACGUGUUCAACAAACUUUGACAUGUCUCAUUCCUAUGUCAUAGGCAGUAAUACUCUGUUAUGGUACACAUCCCAUUUGUGAAGUUUUGGGGAGUGUGAUUGUUUCAGCAUUUCCUUGUUCAAUCCAGUAUGGAUUUUAAGACCAUCAGACAAGAGAGAGGUUCAAUGAAUGAGGAGAGAAUGUCUUGUGUCAGCAUUUCAUAAAUGUUUAAGAAGUUCCUAAUUACUGGUCCUUUCCUUAUUGAAAGGAUGGAGUAAUUCCCACAUUAGUCACCAUGAUCUGGCUUCUCUCAUUCAGGACAGAUAGCUAAGAGAGUUCUCUGACUGCAUGGGUAACCAUCAAAGUACUCGUGCAGUCAGAAGGUAUUACUAAGGGAAAAUUAGUGAGGUGAGAGGUUUAUGCCUCUUUGUAACUUCUAGACCAAAACUGUAAAAAAAUGUAGUUUGUUUGGGAUUUACCUUCUUUUUUAUUGUAUUUUGUUUUGUUUUAUUCCUAAGAGUAAAUAAAUCUGUUGGGGUGUUUUAGCAGCCAGCAGCAAGAUGAUUCGUUUCAAGGAAAUAUGGUGGCAGGUUCCAUCUGUUCAGGUGUAUUCACUGGAAUGCUUUUGUGCAGAGGUGGUAUCCAGGAAACUUAUUUUUAUUUUCCUUAAAAUAGUCAAUUGAUGUGAUCCUGUUGGGUCACUGUUAAAGCAAUUAUACCUUUUUUUGGGAAGAAAAAUUAAAUUCUUAGUGAAGUGUGAUGGUGAAGAGAUGUUUACCAGCCAUUAGCAGUUGUUUAUAAGGUGGAAAGCUUGGAGGCAAGACACCAAAGAAACAGAAGAAUCUUUGGUUGUUGGACCCCACAGCCUUAUAAACCCUUGCAAAUGCCUUAUUACCUUGUUCUCAACUGAGCUGAAUGCCUUGAGCAAAAAGAAGCCGAUGUCUUGUUGGAAGGGUUAGCCACUUUAUGGCUCCCAUGCUAUAAACUGAAAUCACACAUCAAUUCAGUAGCAAUAUCCAUGUUCAGGGUGCCUGUGAUUCUUGAAAAGCAUUUAGUGUCUAAUAACCAGAAAACGUAACAAUGCAAUCGUCGUUCUGUAUGAAACCAUGCUGUGUAUUUGAUUCCUUAUGCUGCAUGCCAAUUAAACAGCAAAAGACUUUCCAACUUCUUUUUGGUUUAAACUUCAAAGUAAAUGUGUUUGAACCUCACACUUGUGAAGCCAUGAGGUGGGACAUUUGCUCAGCACUUUUAGACAUGACGUGUUGGAAAGGUGGAAGACCCAAAUUGCUUUGGCUGGUAUGAUGAGUUUGUUUUUUCUUUUACAUUUUCGCUUUUCACAGAUGGGCCUUAAAUUCUGUCUAGCUUUGAACCAUGGAGCACAAGCCUUGGGGGCAUGGAGGAUGACCAGAUGUCAUCUUCCAUUUCUAAUAGUGGAAGCUUAUUUCUUACAAGCCUGCAUAGGUGACAUUCACCCUGGGGCAGAGGAAUCGUCUUUAAAGCUCUCCAGCCAUUAUAGAGCCUAACUCAAUUACAUUGCCUAAUUCAAUUCUCAUUGAAGAGUUGCAUUUACUUCAUUAGACUUGAAUAGAUCCAAAGCCAUUAGUAUGAGAUCCAAAUAAUGCAGAAACAUCUCUUCUGGGGUUAAUUCCAUCCUGUAUGCUGACCCUCUGCUCACUUUAAAGGAAGAAGAAGAAAUCAUUGCUGGUAGUUAUUGGCUUGAGCUCAACUCAAGGGAGUUGGAAACGUGGAGACUUGAGUCGGUGGCAGUCUGACGGCUGAAAAGUGAAAAUCUAUCCAAGGUGGCUGUGUUAGAAUGCAGGGUCUGAGUUUCUGCAUAGCAAAGAAUGUGGUAUAACAUGAAGUAAGCAAUGGUAUUAAAAGUUACUGUUUCUUUUGCCAGGCACUUUAGAUGCUCAAGCCUGAGAAAAGCAGAGUGGGCAGGUUUGUACCUCUUGUCCCCAGUACUCUGUUGUCCUGGUUUUCCUUAACAAUGUGGCUGUAAACCACUAGAUGCCCUGGUGUGCAAGACUUGACCACAACACAGCAAGUCUGGCACUGCAAGUUAGUUUGAAGUGCAAGUUGGAUUCAGAGAGGCUUUGAAAACAAGAGCCACAAUAACCCACAGUGAGUGUGUAUUUGGGAGGGGGUCAUGUUGGCACAGAAUGAAACAGGACCUGGCCCACAGAGAGGCUGAACAACAGCAGCGUGGAGGAGGAUUUGUUCAGUGUUAGCUCUUGUAAUGGAUGUUUUAUGAGAGGGGAAGAAGGGGGAGCUGCGCACUUUACAUCUUUUGGUUGAGCCAAAUGUAAAUACCAAUGGGAGAGCUUCAGCAGUAACUGCAGUUGGAGGGGAGAGAAAUGGUCUGCUGAGGGACUGUUUAUUUAAAUGUGCAGACCAUACACUUCCCUAGAGCACUAGAGUCACUUUGCCUGUACAGAUUAAAAGAGUGGGCAAUACAAGGCAGCCUCCUGCACAAAAGGAGUCCUUGUACUGCCCCAAAUAUUGACUGAAGAGUCCUAAAGGUGAAGGAAUGUUUAUUGAUGCCUCACUCCUCUUGUCACUGCUGCCCUCUAACCAUCUCUAGCUUAUCAAGUCAGGGAGUUCUCAUGUUCCACUUUCAAAGUGCAAAUGAACUGUUAGGAUGUAAGGUACUCCUUGCACUUUUCACAGCUAUCCCUGGUCUCACGGAUUGGACUUCCUGGUUAAAACAUCUGUUUGGAAUGAAUUGAAGUGUGGGGAAAGGGGGAGGCUCCUGCCUUAAACCUGAACUUCCCUUGCAAGCGACUAUGCAGCCACCCUGUGCAUUAAGAGGGCCAAGGAGCCCUUUAGCUGAGCCCAAACAGGGCUGGGUUUACUCCACAACUAGAGUGCAAGGGAGGUGAAUAGCAGGUAACUUGCAGUAUGGCUUGAAGUCUUUCAGCAGGCUUAUCAGGAGAGAAAAACUGUUCCCUCUUCUGUUUCUGGCCUCCAUGUGUUGUGCUGAUCUUAUGCCAAAUGUUUUGGACACCUUGUAUUUUUAACUGUGUAAUAUAGCUGUGUAUUGUUAAAGCAACUUAGUAACUUAUAGCAAAAACUGUAGAACUCAUUUCUCUGAGGUGUAGGAGAUGUCCUGCUUCCACUGUGUAUGAGACUUUAACUCUGUACUGUCUGACAAAGACACAAUGCUGAAUUUCACUUUAAUAAAUGAUCUAUCUAGCAA